UGUGCGCACCAAGAGCCGGGAGCCGAGAGCCGAGAGGGGCACAGAGGGGGAACUAACUGGCUGCUGCUUUCCUGUUCGAACCCGGGCUGAGAUGAGCAUGUUCGGCUCCACUUCCAGGCUGGCCUCCAUGGGCCAGCGGAGUAAUUCCCGGCCGGACUUGUCUGCGAGCCUGCGGAACGACAGCGUGUUCGUGGGAGGCAAUGGCUUCCCGACGGGGGAAUACCAGACCGGGGACGGCGGCUACGCCUACACCUCCACCUUCUCCCGCUCCUCCAUGCACGGCGGCGGCGGGCAGAAAAUGCAAGUUAGCAUGGGAGGAGGAGGAGGAGGAGGAGGAGGAGGAGGAGGUGUCGUUAAUGUGCAGACCAUUCAGCACAAAGUCAUGCAGCUGACAGCCCAGUGUCAAGACUACCUCCACAGAGCCAAGAUGAUCAUGCAAAGUGGCGGUCAACCUAUGGAGGCGGAAAAGCUGAUGAUGAUGGCGGCCGACCACAUCGAGCAGUUGAAGAUGUACGGCAUGGAACUCCAGCAGAUGCGCAUAAAUAACGACGUCUUCAAAAGCGUGGACCAGCUGCAGCACAUGUAUGCCGGCCUCCAGCAGCGACUGAUGGGGACCAUGACCAUUAGACGGACGACCCAAGGCAGUCUGAGCUCCACGGAGGGAGGGAAAUUCUUCCACGACGCCAUGGCCUGGAUUGCCCAGCAGAAGCGCAUGAUCGAGACGGCUCCAUGGGGGGAUGACUCGGCCACCAUCGAAAAACAAAUCCUGAGCCACAACAAAUUCCACAGCUCGAUUCAAAGAAGCCAGGAAGUAGACCGUGCCAGGGACGAUCUGGGCAUGAGGGGCGAUAAGUCCAGCAUGCACAUCUUGGACCAAGAAUGGGACAGUCUGCAGAAAAUGUCCCACAACCGCGUGAGUCAGCUGCGUGAUCUGCAGAGCAUCAUCGAGGAGAUCUCCCGCGCUAUCAUGUGGGUGAACGAGAGAGAGGAGGAGGAGCUGGUCUUUGACUGGGGAGACAAAAACAUCGAUCAGUAUAUCCCCAAGAAGCAAGAGAGCUACUCUAGGCUGAUGAAAGACCUGGAGGAGAAGGAGAAAGAGCUGAACAAGCUCAAGGUGAAAUCUGACGGUCUCCUGAGUAACAACCAUGCAGCCUCGGAUAAGAUUGAAGCCUACAUGGACACCUUACAGACGCAGUGGAGUUGGCUUCUCCAGAUCACCAAGUGUAUUCACGUUCAUUUGAAGGAGAAUGCGGCCUACAGCCAAUUUUUUAAGGAGGCCAACGAGACCAACGAAAAGCUGAAAAAGGACCACGAGAGCAUCCGGACCAAGUUCACCUGCAACAAGAACACCCCGAUGGAAAAUCUGCUAGAGCUCCUGAAACUCCUGGAGAAAGAGAAAGAACGAAUCAUGGACAAUAAAAGACAAGUCCAAAGUCUGGUUAACAAGUCCAAGACUAUUGUUCGACUGAAGCCCCGCAACCCAGAGGAACCCACAGCAGUGAACAAUCCUAUCAUGGUGGAGGCCUUGUGUGACUUCAAGCAGGACCAGAAAGGGAUUUUGAAAGGCAACGAGGGCAUACUGAAGGACAACACGCAGCGCAGCAAGUGGCUUGUGACCGGGCCAGGAGGACUGGACAUGAUGAUUCCCUCAGUGUGUUUGCUGAUACCCCCACCAAACCCCCUCAGCAUCGAGCUUGCCAACAAGAAUGAGAAGUAUUAUGAAGCUAUCUUGGCGAUCUGGAAUCAGCUCUACAUCAACAUCAAGAGUCUCAUCUCAUGGCAGUACUGCCUGAAAGACAUGAACUACAUCAACUCUCUCACCUUGUCUAUGCUGUCUAAGAUGCGUCCUGAGGAGUACCGCAGUAUCAUCAAAAGGCUGGAGACCCACUACCAAGAGUUCUUGCGCAACAGUCAAGGUUCUGACCUUUUCGGGGAAGAAGAUAUGAUCACCAUCCAGAGUUACUUUGAUAGAGCCCAGAACCAUUAUGAUACCAUGGUUAUCCAGAUGACUACUCCACCUGAAACCAAACAGGAGCCAAGCAAACCCGCACCUCCCAAAUUGCCCACCCUCAACAUCUCACUGCUUAGCAGCCUGCAGGAGGUCAGACGGAGGCUGGAGCUCGCUGAGUCUGGACUCACAAGCCAUCUACAUCUUUGCCCGGGUGAAAACAGUCUGCAAGAAUGCUUAGUGUACAUCCAAAAUCUGCAAGAUGUGCACCAAGAUCUGGAUUCCAUUCACGACGAGUACCUGCGCCUAAGAGAAAGGAUUCUAAAGCAACUGGAAGGCAUCCCUCCCGACUCUGAGCAAGCCAGGUUCCUCCGCUCCGAGCUGGAUAUCAUCAGCCAAAAACUGGGAGGUCUGCAGGGUCUCUACACAGCCUACAUCGAACGAUUGUCAGCGCUGAAGGCCUUACUUCAGAGUCUGCUCCAAGCGGAGGACAUCGUGAAAGUCCAUGAGGCCCGGCUGAUGGAGAAGGAGACCACUUCACUGGAUCCACGAGAAGUGGAGAAAUAUCAGAGCACACUGAAGCAAUCGAAGAUCGAACUGGACCAAAAAAGAGACCUGCUGACUACUAUGGAGUCCGAGCUGGCCAAAGCAAUUCAAUGGAACGGUCAGAUCUCUGAGUCCUUCCACAAGUGCGAUGUGAACUUGUCCAAAUACGCAGAGCUAGUGUCUCAGCUCUCAGACCGCUGGCGCCGCAUACAAACCCAAAUUGACAACAGAUUGUUCGAUCUGGAGAAGCAUGACAAGCACCUGCAACAUUACCAGCAUAACAGCACUUCCUUGGAACAGUGGAUACACAAUGCCCGGAAGCGCCAGGAUGGCCUGCAGAGUGUUAAGCUCAGUGACAUCCAGACUGUCAUUGACCACCUUAACCAACAGAAGACGCUUUACGGUGAAAUUAAAGGAAAGAAGGAGAAAGUUGAGAAUGUCCACAAAGAUGCGGACACCUGUGCUGCCUGCAUAAAGGACUAUGAGCUGCAGCUGGCUUCAUACAGUUCCGGCCUGGAAACGCUCCUGAAUAUUCCUAUUAAGAGAACCAUGCUGCAGUCCCCUGCUUCUGUUGUCAGACAGGAGUCUUCUGACCUCCAGUCCCAGUACAUUGAGCUACUGACACGCUCAGGUGAUUACUACAAGUUUCUUGGAGAGUUGUUGAAGAACAUGGAAGAACUGAAGAUUCGGAACACCAGAAUCGAGAUGUUAGAGGAAGAACUGAGGCGCCUCAAGGGUGACCUUCAGGAUCGCAACCAGAAAAACGGUGCUCUGGAAGAUGCCAUGGCCCGUCUCAAACUGGAGCUCGGCCAGUCAAAAGACCAACUCCUUUCUAUGGAGGAAGUGACGAGAACCACUGCCAUUCAAGUAACGUCGACCAAGGGCAGCUUGGACAGUUCCCAGUUGCAGAUUCAAGAGCUUACUGAGCAGCUCAACCGCAUUAAGUAUCAAUUGGAAGAAGAAAAGAGAAAAAAAAGGCUGGCUGAAGAGCGCUACACAAGCCAACAAGAAGAGUAUGAGGCGGCUGUUCGGCGUAGACAGAAAGAACUGGAAGAGCUUAAUUGGGCAAAGAUUGACUUAGAAAAGACGGUGAAGGACAAGGAACGUGAGCUUGAGAGGCUGAAGAUACUGCUGGAGGAGGAGGCGGCACUUCGCCGAAAUGCAGAGUCAGAUAUUUCAAAGGUAAGAACACAGUGUAGCCAGGAGGUCAAUCAACUUAAGCAGACGCACGAGACCAACAUCCAAGUCACCAAGACUACUAUCCUAAAAGCCUCGCAACAGAAAGAACAGGACUCAACAGAGCUAAGGCGGCAGUAUGACAAGCUUAUCGGUGAGAAGAGAAAGCUCGAAGAUGAACUGCGAAGACUGAAAUUGUCUAUUUCUCACACUGAAGAGCAGAAAAACAGAGCAGAGAUGGAAUCAAACCAGCAGAAGACGUCAUUGACUCAAGAGACAAGGAUGCGGAAUGAACUGGAGUUGAAAAUUAGGAUGUUUACUGAGCAGAGAGAAGAGGAUGAGCUGAAACUAAAGGAAGCCAACAAAAAUAUUCAGGAAAAAGGGAGGCAAAUCAGCAUGCUUACACAUGAUCUUGAUGAAGAAGAGAAGAAGAGGAGGGCUCUGGAAUUGCAAAUUAAUAACCUGAAGCAAUCUGAAGCAGAGCUAAAGGCAAAGAACGCCUCCUUUAUGGAGACUAUUAAGACGCUUAAAAUGUCAGAAAAGGAGAUCCGCAUCACCCGGGUGGAGCUGGAGAAACAGACCAGUGAGAAAAUGAAGGUUGAGCAGAGUUCUGUGCGGCUUCAGAGCCGUAUCCAUGACCUCCAGUGCUCUCUGGAUGCAAUGGAAACUGAGCUGGAGAAGCAGAAAAGGGUGAACCAAGAGGAGUUCACACGCAGAAAGAGACUGGAGUCCGAGCUAGAGAGGAUAACGCACACCUGCAGAGAACACACCACCACCAUUACCAGCCUGAAAUCCAUUCAGGUGGAAGCUUCAAACUCUGGAAGGAAGUAUGAGAAAGAACUCAGAGGCUUUCAGGAGGCUCUAGAUAAGAGCCUAAGGGAUCACAAACACACCAAAGAUGAGUUGGCGUCUGUGACAGCUGAGCUGAAAUCAUUGAAACAGAAACUCCAGCAAUAUCAAGUCCAGAUUCUGGAGCUCAACCAGCGCAAUGAAAGUCUGUACGAAACAAUUGAGGAUAAAAGUCGCCAGCUUAACGAAUGCACCAUUGAAAUAGAACGUCUGAAAACGCUGACACAGAACAUGACAAAGGAAAGGCUGAGGCUAGAAGAGGAGUUGAGGGCCCUUAGGCAGGAAAGAGAUGGCCUGCUGCUUAACAGAGAUGAAGUUGAUGGAGAAAAUGCCUCUCAAAUCGCAGCCUUACAUGUCCAGCUUCAGAAUAGCAACAAGAGGACAGCGGAGCUCCAGGCUCUCAUCAACGACCUGACCAGGGAGAGAGAAAAACUAAAUGUGGAAAUAGACAAAUUCCAAAAGCAGUCCUAUGAGACAUCCGUUAUGGUGCACGAGUCCCAAAGCAAAUACAGCGAGCUGCUGCUGCAGAGGGAUGAUUUGCUAUCCAAGCUUAAACUGCUGGACCAAGACAAACACCGCCUGAAGCGCCUUGAGGAUGAGCUUGCCCGUAUCAAACACUCUCUGGAGACAGAGCUACGCAACAAACAGCGCUUGGUUGAUGAGAAAAACAGCGUUCUCAAAGAUUUCACCCUCCUAAAGAGCCAAUAUGAGAUAAAGGAGACCCACCUCAGGCAAUGGGAGACAGACAGGUCCAAGACUGAUCAUGAUAGGAUGAAUUUAAAGAAAGAAAUUGACAGGUUGAUGAUAGAGCUUCGAAGUGUGGAGGAACGCUACAAGAGCAAGCUGUUGAUCUCUGAGAGGGAGGCAACAGAGCUAGCUCUUAAGAGAGAUGCACUGCAGAGGGAGGUAGAGAGGUUGCAGAAAAGGCCGAGCACGUUGAGUAGACAGACACAGACGGAUAUGAAGGUGGCAACAAUCGACCCCUCUAAGCUUGUUUUUGAUGGGGUGCGCCGCAAAGUCACAGCCCACCAACUUUGCGACUGCGGUAUUAUCAGCAAGGCGACUCUAGAGCUGCUGUUACAGGGGAAAAAGACAGUGGACGAGGUAGCUGUUGACAUCCAGGUUAACCUAAAGGGCACAGGCAUUAUUGCGGGCAUGAUGACAGGCUCUCAAGGGAAAAUGUCAUUCACUGAAGCCAAAAACAAGAACCUUGUCCCCCCAGAGAGUUCACUCAUGCUCCUGGAGGCUCAGGCAGCAACAGGCUACAUAACAGACCCAGCUUUUAAUGACAAGAUGCCCGUGGACACCGCUUGCUCCAGGGGACUCGUGGACACAGAAGACAGGGAUGCCUUGGUAAAAGCUGAAGCAGCAAGCGUUGGUUUCAAAGAUCCUUACACGGGUAAAGUGUUAUCAGUGGGCCAGGCUUGUAAACAAGGUCGCAUUGACAAGGAAACAGCGCUCCGCUUGCUGCAGGCUCAGGAGUCUGUUGGCGGUAUAUUGGACCCUGUUCUGAGUGUGUUCCUGCCAAAAGAUCUAGCUUUGGAUCGUAAUCUUAUUGAUGAGGACCUCUACAGGUCUUUGAACCGGAAACCCACCUGCUACCUGGAUCCAGAAACAGAUGAGAAGAUAAGUUAUGGUAACCUUAGGAGGAAGUGUACGGUGGAGCCUGUUUCUGGUUUACUUCUGCUCCAUGGCCCAGAGAAACCAAUGACAGUAAAGGGUAUUCGUGGGCAAGUCUCUGUGACAGAGCUUAUCGAAUCUAAAUUGCUUGAUGAAACUGAUUUGCAAAAGCUUAAACAGGGACAGCUGAGUACCAGUGAAAUUGAGGAAAAGCUGAAGUCUUACCUGUACGGAUCCACCUGUAUUGCAGGCAUCUACGAUGAGACCAAUGACAGAAUAUGGCCCUUUUAUCAGGCAAUGCAGGAAGGUCUGUUGAUGAGGGGAACCACAUUGGAGCUCCUUGAAGCCCAAGCUGCAUCAGGAUUCAUUGUGGACCCGGUCAACAAUCUGUUCUUGACAGUAGAGGAGGCCACGAGGAGAGGCCUAGUAGGAAAAGAGUUUAAGAAUAAGUUGCUAUCUGCAGAAAAGGCAGUGACUGGAUACAAAGACCCAAACACAGGAAAGAUAAUCUCGCUUUUCCAAGCCAUUGAGAAAGAUCUCAUUGAGAGAGGCCAUGGAAUCCGUCUCCUUGAGGCCCAAAUUGCCAGUGGUGGCAUUAUUGACCCCAAGGAAAGUCACCGUAUUGAUGUUGAUGUUGCUUAUAAAAGGGGAUAUUUUGAUCAGGAGAUGAAUGAGAUCCUUAGCUAUGAAGGCGAUGACACGAAAGGCUUCUUUGACCCUAACACUAAGGAUAACUUGACAUAUAUUCAGCUAAAGGAAAGGUGCAUAACUGAUCCCAAGACCGGCCUUAUACUUUUGCCUCUUAAAGACAAGAGCAAACUUCAGAAAUCAGAAACCCGAAGCAAUGUCCUCCGUAAGAGGCGGGUCGUAAUCGUUGACCCAGACACCAAUCUUGAGAUGUCCGUGAGGGAGGCUUAUCAUAAGGAGCUAAUCGACUAUGACACUUUUCUAGACUUGUCAGAACAGGAGUGCGAGUGGGAGGAAAUCACAAUCAAGGGGUCGGAUGGCUCUACACGCUUGGUGAUAGUCGACAGGAAGACAGGAAUCCAGUAUGACAUUCAAAACUGCCUGGAACGUGGUGUCAUUGACCAAAGUUCCCUGGAUCAGUAUCGAUCUGGAAAGCUAACCUUGACGCAGUUUGCUGACCAUAUUAGCAGCAAAAGCAGCGGCAGCGAGAUGACAAUCGCAGCCAGCAAUGUUGACGACAUGGUUACCUGCAGCAGUCCCACCCAGGCUGCUCCGUCCUCUCCAACCGUUCGUAGACGCUUCAACAGUAUUUCUAUCACAGUCUCUCCCCCGGAGAUGUUUGACGACCAGAGCCCAGUGGCAGCCAUAUUUGACACAGAGACUUUAGAGAAGAUAACCAUUCCAGAAGCGGUUAGAAGAGGAAUAGUGGAUAACCUCACAGCACAGAGGCUCCUGGAGGCCCAGGCGUGCACUGGAGGAAUCAUCAACCCUUCAACUGGCCAGAGACUAACCCUAAAAGAGGCUGUCCAUCAUUGCAUAAUUGAUGAAGCCAUGGCUAACAAGCUGAAGGCUGCACAGAAAGCCUAUUGUGGUUUUGAGGAUGUGAAGACGAAGAGAAAGAUGUCGGCAGCAGAGGCAGUGAAGGAGACGUGGCUGCCUUAUGAGGCUGGACAGAGGUUUCUGGAGUUCCAGUACCUGACAGGAGGCCUGAUAGACCCUCACACUGGAAAACGCCUUACCAUAGAAGAGGCCAUUCGCAAAAGUUGGCUGGAUGGUCUUGGAGCCCAGAAGCUUCAGGAUAUACGCAACUACCAGAAGAAUUUGACUUGCCCCAAGACCAAACUGAAAAUCUCAUACAAAGAAGCCAUGGAUAACAGCAUGGUAGAAGAGAGCAACGGUAUGAAGAUGAUGCAGGCCUCUUCGGUGUCCUCAAAGGGAAUCAGCAGCCCUUACAAUGUGUCUAACCCAGGAUCUAAACCUGGAUCCAGAGCUGGUUCCAGAAGUGGAUCCAGAAGAGGCAGUGUGGAUUAUUCAUCUACUUACAGCUACAGCUAUUCAUCCAACACCGCCAAUUCUCAAUCUUAGUGCACGAAGUGCUUGACUCUUCAGUACUAGUUUUAGAUUUGCAUUUACAACUUUAACAUUUUGCUUUUUUAAAGGUUUAUCUGGUAUAUACAAAAUUUGGGAUGUUCAAGAACUGAAUGCGUUCUGUAUUCUGAUGAGUGUUUUGAUCUGGUGUUUUUUUUAUAUAUUAAACGUAUGCUUACUACACUGUAAUUCACCAACUUGCAGAAAAGAAUAUAUUUCUAAUAGCUCAUUUUAAUAUAUGGCUUUAAAAAUAAAAAAAGAGUACAGCAUUA